ACUACUGUUUGUUUUUGUUUUUAAUUUUUAAGAUAAUAAAUAAAUAAACUGGUAACAUAAGUUAUUAUAAAUUAAUAUUAAUCGUUGAUAGGUUUAAUCAAAUGGAAAUAAAACAGGAAUAUAGCGAAACGUGUAAAGUAGAAAGAGAGUAUGACGACUUGGAUGAUCCUCUUCUGGAUGGCUUUAAAUGUAAAAUUAAGGAGGAAUCUAAUCCAGAAAGUACAAAUCAUACCUUUGAUUGUUCAACCCUAAAAGAAUUUCCAAUAGAGACUGUUUUGUGUAAAGUAGAAAGAGAGUGUAAAGACUUAGAUGUUCAUAUUCUGGAUGGCUUUCAAUGUAAAAUUAAGAAGGAAUCUAAUCCAGAAAGUGCAAAUUAUACCUUUGAUUGUUCAGUCUUAAAAGAAUUUCCAAUAAAGACUGAAACGUGUAAAGUUGAAAGAAAGUAUAACGACUUUGAUAAUCCUGUUCUGGAUGGCUUCUCAUGUAAAAUUAACGAAGAAUCUAAUGCAGAAAGUACAAAUUAUACCUUUGAUUGUUCAGCCUUAAAAGAAUUUCCAAUAGAGACUGAAAUAGAACAAGAUGGAAACAAACCUACCUGUUCCAAAGCAAAACCAAAAACCAAACAAGGUAUUACUCGGGGGGAAGUUCAGACUAGACAGGGACCUUACAAUUGUGAAAAUUGUUUUAAGACGUUUUCUCACCCAUCUACAUUGAAAAGGCAUUUGAUGGUACACACUGGGGAGAAACCUUACAAGUGUGAAAUUUGUUUUAAGCAGUUUAGUGAAGCAGGAACUUUGAAAGCACAUUUUAGAGUGCACACUGGGGAAAAACCUUAUAAGUGUAAAAUUUGUUUUAAGCAGUUUAGUGAAUCGAGUACUUUAAGAACACAUUUGAGAGUGCACACUGGGGAAAAACCUUACAAGUGUGAAAUUUGUUUCAAGCAGUUUUCUCAAACAAGUAUUUUGAAAAAACAUUUGACACUGCACACCGGAGAAAAAGCUCACAAGUGUGAAAUUUGUGUUAAGCAGUUUAGAGAUGCUAGUGCUUUAAAAUCACAUCUGAAAAUGCACACUGGGGAAAAACCUCACAAGUGUGAAAUUUGUUUUAAGCAGUUUACAGAAGUAUUUUACUUGAAAAGGCAUUUGAAAAUGCACAUUGGAGAAAAAUCUUACAAGUGUGAAAUUUGUUUGAAAAGUUUUAUUGAAAGCGGGAAUUUGAAAAAACAUUUGAGAACACAUACAGGAGGAAAAGCUUACAAUUGUGAAGUUUGUUUUAAGCAGUUUACUACAGCAAGUAAUUUGAAAAGACAUUUAAGAUUCCACACUGAGGAAAAACAUUACAAGUGUGAAAUUUGUUUCAAGCAGUUUAGCCAAGCGGUUCAUUUGAAAACACAUUUAAAAGUGCAUUCUGGGGAAAAACCUUAUAAGUGUGAAAUUUGUUUCAAACAGUUUAACCAAGCGGUUAAUUUAAGAAGACAUUUUAAUGUUCACACUGGCGAAAAACCUUAUAAGUGUGAAGUUUGUUUCAAGCAGUUUACUACAGCAAGUAAUUGGAAAACACAUUUAAUAGUACACACUGAAGAAAAACCUUACAAGUGUGAAAUUUGUUUUAAGCAGUUUAGUCAAGCCAUUAAUUUGAAAAGACAUUUAAAAGUGCACCUUGGGAAAAAAACUUAACAAGUGUAAAAUUUGUUCUAAGCAGGUUAGAGAAGUAUAUUAGGUUUACUUAAUAUUAAGUAAUUUUAUUCUCUCAUUUAAUGACACUGACCAAUCAAAAAACUAGUCUAACUGUAGUAUUAUUAUCUUAAAUAAUACACUCGAUGUCUUUAGAA